CGCUCGGUUCAGUCGAGUUCGGACAGUGCAACGCAGAGGUGCACCUGUUUGCUGAGCUCCCCUCCUGCUCCUUGAGGUGGUGUUCUGGUUGUAUGCUUUCUCCAAAUAGGGGAUCGCGUGGUAACGUUAGAGGUUAGCUUUCACAGAGAGCUUCCCCCAUUAUCCCGUCGUCAGCUGUUCGAUUCUACCUUUGGGCCUGCUUUGUGAGUAAGAAGCUCGCGCGCCGUUCACCGUUAUAAUCAUCGGCCACCUAGUAGUCGUCUAGUUGGUCGCGCGCGAUUCGUUUUUGUGUCCGUGUAUGUGUGUGUGAGGGAGAGACUGUCGUCGAUUGUGGUGAAGUGGGGGCCAAAGACUUCGUCUUUGUAAUGGAUCUGAAUGUCGCGAGGGCUUCCCGCUGACUUUCCCACUGUCGGUUGACUGUGCUUCUGCUGUUGAGUCCCCGCGGGAAGAAAGCGAAUGAGUGUGUGGUGACCUCUUGCUCGGAGGGAAGAAAUUGUUUCGCGUGUUUCGUGGAAAAAACAAAAACAAAGUAGGCAAGUGUGCACUUGGUGGAGAAAUUUUGCGCGCACAGGAAGAAUAAGGUGCGCAAAUGUGUGCAUUUCUGAGUUUUGGGUGAAUUCAGUGAAAACGUUCGUCGUCUAAUGAGACGUUGAAGUUGAAUAAAAUAUUUCGACGAGGAUUUGGUUGUGUCUUUUGUGGGAAUUCGUCAGGAACGAGAAACCUCAUUAACCGUUCGAUUACUACUUUAAUGUGAAAGGUGAACGUGUGGUCUGGAAACGAGAAGUGAGAUAAAGUGCAUUGCGGUGAGAGCUAUUAAGAAAUCGUGUUUCGGGAAACAUUGCGCAGCCUACUUAGAACAAUCGCAGUCAUUGAGGAUCGGAAAGUAUUUGGCCUACUGCAACCGAAGACGGUGAUCAAGGUUUUUUUUUCUGCACUGAAGAGCAGAAGGCGGAACACAUUCUACACACGAAGUAACAGUUUCUUCGACGUAACCUUCUGGUUGAAGCGCAGCUGCUGGGUAGUUUGUUGGAUUGGAGGAAAACAGAAAAAAAAACUAAACUUCCUCUGCGCUUCUAGGAGCAGGCAACCUCAUCUGGUGCGCGCUUCCAGUUUUCUUCGUUUUCAAGAGCAAGCGGUUUGUUGUGAUUGGACGCAGCCAUUGACGUGAGCGAUCCACCAAUUUCACGGAACUGGCCCGGAUCGAACGCAAUCUAAUGUGAGGAGCCCCAUACGAGUGCCUGGGUGUUUGCUGGUCGGACCUUACCUUCCGUAGGGGAAUAUUUUGACCCCGGCCGUCCAUCCGUCGUCCAAGAUCCGUAGAGUGUUGUUGUGAAGGUGAUCUAUCGGAAUCCGGAAUUCGCCCGCGUUAGUGAACUGGGCAGGGUGUGUGUUUGUGUGUGGAACAACAGUUGGUUUUUCGCUCCCGUGUAUCGGAUAUCGGGAAUUGGAAACUAGCGGGAGUUUUCCUCGCUGGGGUGGUCAAACGAAACGGGUGGUAGAGAGCCCGGGAAAGAAGAAAGCGUCGAUAUCGAUAUGAGGCUGGAACAUUUGGUCGGAUUGUUUUAGAGAUCUAUUUUUUUUUUCUUGGGACGAGUGGGCGUGUGCGAAAUUCAGUCGAAGGAAGGAAGACGCGAUGAUGAGAUCUGGAUGCUGGAUGCUGACCAACGAUAACGUGUAAAAUUUAAAAAGACAUCAACAUAAUGAAGCAUCCACUAAACAAGCCGAUUGGUCAUAUGGCGAAAUGAUUUAAUUCGAGUGUAGACUGAUACCAAGAUCAUCCUGAAUAGCUGAACGACUUCAACACUUCAGAAGCAGAUAUCUAACCUCGAAGACCUUAUCCACAACCCCAGCCAUCCACAAUGGGUAACUCCGGCAGCAUGCACGGUUUACCGGGGUAUGACGAGGGAUACCACCAUCAGAACUACCAACAUCAGUACCAGCGAUAUCACGAGAUGAUGCGCGCCAACGGUCAUCAUGGAGCUCCACCAGGUUGGCUGGAGUCCUAUCAGCGCGAUCUCCGCAAUGGAGGUGGAGGAGGCGGAGGCCUCGUAGGCGGAGGUCACCGUACCUUCGAUAACCGACACAGUCACGAAGGCCUGGGUCAUCGGGAGUCCACUAGCAGUGGACCGAGCCUCCCACCGCCGAUGAAGGUUCUUCCGGAUAUCCCCGGACGCGUUGCCAAGCUUCGUCCGACUAACAAUGGCAAUAUUCUGCACUCUGGCGGAACGAUCAGCAAGAACAAUAACCUUCAGCGAUCCAAGAGCAUAUCCUCGCCAACGUAUCAGCAGCAUCAACAGCAAGCCUUCGAUGAGACGGAAGAAAACGGAGUCAUGACAUUGCUUCCGCCCAGGCUGGCCAUGCAGCGAUCGCGAACGCAGAUGAACAUGAUGACACCGGGACGGCGAGACUUCGAUGAGUCCCCGUCCAGAGGUCGAGGAUACGCCACCAAUCAACGGAAGCCUAGUUACGAGCAUGGAACGCUGAACAAGAAGCGCUUCGGCUCGGAACCGGACCUUCGUAUUUCUUUGAGUGGGAACGAGAUGCAGGACGACUCGAGUGGCGGACAGCCAGGCGGCCAUCGGAACACCAAACCGGUUCAGUCGAAGAUCAUCAAGGGUAAGAAUAAGAAAAAGGCUCCCGUUCCGCCUCCGGUGGACAAGCGUGAACGUGAACCGGAAGUCAUGGAGAAACAGCGUAUUAUCGCGUACUCUCCACUGCGCAAGACCAAUUCGGAUGCCUCGUCAACUCAGCCGUCCAGCGACAGCAACAGUAACAAUCCAACCCGUAAACUCCGUCUGUUCAAAACCCGUGCCGAGACCAAGAAGAACAUAGCCAAACUGCCGGAAGCAUCCGAUGCCAAGUACUCGGCCAAAAGCGGGCACAAGCUUCCCCUGGCGCCGUCCAACAGCAGCCCUUACAAGCUGAUGGGUCGCAAGGAUCCCGAGUUCGACAGCGGCACCCUCGACAAGCCCAAGUCUCGACUCAAUCCAACGUCGUUUUUCCGCCGGGAAAAGACAUUCGACAUUGGAGUGCUCGAGCGAGAGCGGGUGCUACGUGGCGGAGGGACCGCCAACCAUGUGCCAGAAAUCAAGCCGACCAUGUCGCCGCCGAUUUCACGACGAAAGUCCAUCGUCAAAUCGCUGCUGGAGAAGGACCAAGCCGAACAAGAGCAGCAGAAUCAACGGAAGAUGCAGAAGCAGAUGCAGCAGAGUCGGGUUUCAACGGUUGAGCCGAAGUUCAAGCCCAAGACUCAAGAAGAGAAACGGAAGCCGCAGCAGUCAGCUCCGGUUAUGCCGAUGACGGACUUCCAGAAGGAGCUUCAAGUUGCCACGCGGCGGAAAACUACAGCCACCAGCAAUACAAACCAUGCGCCACAGAAGUCCAUCGCUACAACGGCCAAUCAACGCAAGAUAUCCGAGGUCAAGCAAACCAUCAAAGUGGAAGCACCGAAGAACAGUUUGGUCAUCUCGGUGGAACCAAUCAAGCAGGAAUCUCCGGAACGGGAGAAACAAUCUCUCAGUCCGGCGCCACCACCGCCUCCACUUCCAAAAACAAGCUUCUACUUCGGCAUGACCGAAGUUCCCAAGCAGUCCUCCAAGGAAGAAUCGCGUAUUUCCCCGGGGCUCUUGGUCACUGCCAAGAUGUUGGAAACUCGCGUCGACUCGGACGUCGACUCCUCCGAUGAGGAACCCAUCACGCGGAACGACUUCCACAACGAGCUGGACGACGAAAUGGACAAAACCCAGCUGGAUGCCAUCGAUCGCUUCGCGGCUAGCCUCAUGAAUGGAACCAAGUUCGCCUCCGGAUCGGACUCGGCAGCUUCCUCGGACGUGGAGGUACGUACCAACGGCAAUGACCUGGACUCCGAGGCACAGGAGAUAUGUCUCAAACUUCGGCCAACGCUGCCGCGCAAAAAUUUUGAGAUACCACGAUUCAGUCCGGCUGCCGCCUGGCGACUUCUGACCACCGAAGACGACUUUGGGCGGGACGCAACCGAGCUGUUCCCGUUUGUGGAGAAGAAAACUAUGCUUCGCAGUUUGGAAGCUGUGGACGCAGCGGAGGACCGUAUCGAACGCAUCUACCGGGAACCGGUCCCGGGUCUGCAAGAUAACAAGAGCGGAGAUAGCGGGAUUUCCGGGGACGCAGGUCUUCCUGAUAUCGGAGAAGCUCAGCUGAUGAACUCGAGUAAGGAGCGCGACUCACCGGAGAGUUCACCUGCCGAUGGCAGCGGUAACAAUGCAUGGUCGGCGAAUGCGCUGCGGUUGACGCCCUGGACACCGCAACAGGACUUGGAAGAUGACGACGAUACGACGGGAAGCAGCGACAACAGACAGCUCAUCGAGGAGACUCCCAUCAGCAAUGGUCCCAACGAUUUCUCCAGCAAGGGACAUAUUUUCAGUUUGUCACUGCCGCGUGAAAGCCAUCUAUCUAUCUACACGGCAACUGCCAAUGGGGAAAAGGUUGAAAAACAGAUGUUCAACAGCCUGCAGAAGUUACGCAAAUCGGUCUCGGAUGCGUUCACCAGCGAUCCCAAUGAAAGUCCACUGGAAAGCGGAGACAACUGGUUCCUCUCCCGACUGGAGUCGCCAUCGAUGACCAAUGCCUUCGAAAAGAGACAGCUUAGUCCAACUUCGCCGAAGCAAGUCCUUCCAGAGGUGCCGGCAAACGGCGCAACCCUGAAAGAGGAGACGCAGUUUGGCAUGCCGACCAAACACAACGCCAUCGGGUAUCUGGUCAGCGGAAAGCACAUGAUGUACCUUCCAAAGGAGGCCACCAAGGUCGUCACCACCAGCAGCAGCCCUACCAAGAAUGAUCAAAACAACAACGUGCCAGAAACACCCGCUGUGACCAAGUCAUACGCGGAUAAGCGACGGGAAACCAAGGAGAAUAUGCAGGAUCCGGUACCGGAAGGGGCGACCUUCCCGGUGAAGAUUUCCAACCGGAAGAAUCACCGAUUCACCUUCCAGAGCACGAUACGUCAGAUUGAGAAACGCCGUGUGGCCGAGAAGCUUUCGCGGGAGGCGGAGAUCAAGGAAGCACUGAGACUGAGCGAAUUGGAAGCCAUGCGCAGGGUGGAGGAAGAGUUCCAGAAGAAGCGAGCCCGCGAGAAGGCUUCCAUACGGCACCAGCUGCGGCUGUUCACGAUGGAGGAGACGGGACAGGCGUACGACGGGAACGAUGACGAUGAGAACACCGACUUCAGCAAACGCGUCGAACCGGAGGUCGACAGCGUGCCCAACCAACCCAAACCCAACGGACUGUACCGCAAGAAAGACUCCACGAUGGAGCGGCCAUCGUACCAAAAUGGCGGCCAAGCGCGUCGAUUGAGCUCGUCCCGUUUCCACGCAAGCGCAGCCACUCUGGAGCGGAAGCACUCCUCGGGCAGCGGCAGCGGUAACUACGACCGGGAUCUGGAAGAUGAUUUCAACAACAGCGAUGACAACGCCGGAAACGGCCACCAGAACGACGUUGACGAGGACGAUGACGCGGAUAGCAGCUUGGGGUACAUCGACACCCGGACGCCGUACAUCUCCCGCAUCAUUCAGGCCAAGAGCAGCAAGAGCUACUCGGGUGGUUUGAAGAAGUGAAAGCAAGUCACCAUCACCGCAAGCAACGAACCGCCAUCUAGUCAACACGAAUCAACGGUUGGAAAGAUUUUAAACGUGUAAAACAAUACGAUGCUCAAAACUGAAACCCGGCAUACUCAGAAACUUUCUGCACAAAACUAGAGACGUCGAGAACGGAAAUGAUCCCUCGACGAUCCCACACAACAAUAAUCGAACAACAAGGUCAAUGUAUUUAAUUCUUCCCGAAAGGACCUAGCUUAGUACCAGCGGUGUUCCGAUUGGGCAUAAUCGACACUUAUUUGAUUGGAACACCGUUCUUUUUAAGAGGCCUUAAGCUUCAAUGUCAAACAGAUAAGAUUCUUUUCCCAAUUAACAUCAACCUGCAUGUUAUUUAGUGUUUUAAGGUUCACUAACAAGACACCUAUACGCAUAGAGCAACAAAAUGUUGAAUAAAAACUUUCCAGAUUCUUUUA